GAGGACCCGAUGGCAGGACAGGUCAUAAGAGAGCUGAGCCGAUGAGAUCAUGGAGCCUGCGCCGAGGUCGCACAGGUUUCGGUCGGGACUUCGCGGUGGCCGUGAUGGAGAGGUGCCUGUCCGAAUCCAUUAUGUCCUACACUGUAGCUGAAACCACAAGACCCCUGCCCUGUGUGUCUGGAAGCCCUCUAGCCAACAGUCAGUGCCACUUGCUUCUAAAAGGACUAAAUAAGACUCAGCCUCGAGCCCUAAACAAUCAGGGAUGGACAGGUGAAAACUGAGAGGCCGAGAGGCGGCCUUUAUUCUCAAACUCGUUAUUCAUUCUGGUUCUGUAGAGGGACAUGAAAAUAUUCCUGACCUUAACAGUUUCCCCUCAGAAGUUGACUUUUGCCAUAUAAAAAAUGCCUUUAAACAUCAGAGCCAAGCCCUCGCAGAGCAAGCUGUCUGCUGGCUCAAAGAGUAGUGGGCACACUGAUGGCAACACAUCUCAUUCACGCUUUUCCAGAUCCCCCAAACAGGGGAAAGGCAAACAGGCUGUAAACUCAGCACCAGGCUCCCGCUCAGGGCUAGAACCAGGCUCCGUGUCAGGGGGUGGGCCUGCACCAGCGACUAAAUCGGCUGGUAGUCAAGGGUCGGUGUCAAGGCCAGGUUCGAAGAUCAAACCUGGUACAGCAGCAGACAAAGGAGUAACCCGUGGCUCAGCAACAGCGCCAGGGGGUAAAACCCUGUCUAUGGAAAACAUCCAGUCUUUGAGUGCGGCCUAUGCCACUUCAGGCACAAUGUACCCCAGUGAGCGGGAUUCCUUGGAACCCUCUGGUGGUUAUCCAAAAGGCACCAUGACACUAGGCAGGAGCACCAGCCGCUCCUCCUACACUAAUCGGACAACAGCCAUGGGCAGCAGCCCAAACAUCACCUCCUAUGGGCUGCAUCACCCGUCAGACCCCUAUGGAGACCAAACCUCGCAACCUGCUGGGACUUCCAGUCUCCGGUGCCAGUCUGGGAGACAUCCGCAGGCACUGGAUUCGACUGGGCGAGGAGAUGUUUCCACGUUUGAUCUCCAGGCUCAGCUGAGGGGUCUGCAGAGAGAGAAUGACAACCUGAGGAGAGAACUGGAUGGAGGGAGGGAUGGAAGGACGGGCCCCAGCGUGAACAAUGUCAACUUCUGGAGCCCAGAUGUGAAAAAAGACAAGGGGGUUAGGCGGGAGGAGGGUGUGCGGACCUCAGUUCUGAAGGACCAGUACAGGACUAACCAAGAGGAUUUGCAGCAGCUUCCGUUGACAGUUCAGGAGCUUCAGGAGGAGCUAAGGGCUCACAGGGAGAUGAACAGUCGCCUGCAGCAACAGCGACAGCAGGGGAACUCUGGCUCUUAUCGAGAACUCCAUACGGACCAGGACCACAGGGGGGGGCUCAGCCCUGGCCACAGCCCCAGGCAAAGCCCCAGCAACCUGCACAGUCCUGGACCAAAGAACAGCCCGAGAGCCAGCCCAUCCAACACCUAUAAUCCGAGGCAACAGGAAGCUGAUGUCAUCAUUCACAGCCCUGGUUAUGGCUGUAACACUGCAGCAACUACGAUUAGAAUCAGCCCAGCCAACACCCUUCAGCCUGGGCGGAGGAACAGCCCAAAUCAGCCCAUCUUCAGUCCCGGCCAAGGUCCGGUGGUAGCACCCAGCUCUGGUUCACUCCGACCCUGCAGCCCCUGCCUGGUGCCUGGGUGUGACGGCUUUUCUUCAUCUUCCCCUCUGGAUCCAUCAGAGGAGAAUUUCUUCCGGAUGCAGUCGGAGCACGAGCGGCAGGCCAAGGAGCUGUUCCUGCUCAGGAAGACCAUGGAGGAGAUGGAGAUGAGAAUUGACUCUCAGAAGCAGACGCUGGGUGCCCGGGACGAGAGCAUCCAGAGGCUGCUGGAGAUGCUUCAAGGCCAAGGUCAAAGUCAAAGUCAAAGUCAAGGUCAAGGUCAGGGACACUGGGGUCGGGGGCAACGGACAGGCAUCAUAACCAUGGCGGCACAGGAAGCAGAGGCGCAGCUGGAGAACAUGCAUGUCAGAGAGGACACCAAGAUCUCUUCUCUGGAGAGGAACAUCAGAGACUUAGAGGAUGAGGUCCAGAUGUUAAAGACCAGCGGCCUGCUGCACCCUGACGACAGGCAGGAUGAGCUCAAGCAGGUGGAGGUCUACAAGAGCCAUUCUAAAUUCAUGAAGACAAAGAUAGAGACGCUGAAGCAGGAGCUGAACAGGAAGGAGUCAGAGAUGCAGGCCCUGCAGACCAAACUAGAAACGCUGACCAAUCAGAACUCAGACUGCAAGCAACACAUCGAAGUGCUAAAGGAGUCGCUCAGCGCUAAGGAGCAACGCGCCAAUACGCUGCAGACAGAGGUAGAUGCUCUGCGGGUGCGACUGGAGGAGAAGGAGCAGUUCUUGACCAAGAAAACAAAGCAGCUGCAGGACCUGACGGAAGAAAAGAGCACACUGACAGGAGAGAUCAGAGACAUGAAGGACAUGCUGGAUGUCAAGGAGAGGAAGGUUAAUGUCCUGCAGAAGAAGAUUGAGAACCUGUUGGAGCAGUUAAAGGAUAAGGACAAACAGCUGGCUGGGUUGAGGGAAAGGGUCCAGGGCCUUCAGACUGACUCCAGCAACACAGACACCGCCCUGGCCACACUGGAAGAAGCCCUAUCAGAAAAGGAGCGAGUGAUAGAGAAUCUACGUGAGCAGAAGGAGCGGGAGGACAGGGUUCGGCUGGAAGAGCUGCAACAGAUGAGGAAGGAGAACAAUGAAUUAAAGGACAAACUUUUAGCCCUGCAGCCCCAGAAACUGUCCCAGAGUCAGCCUGCUAACCUCAGCCCAACCCAGAACCAGAGGCCUGAUGCAGAGGUGCCAGCCAAAGUAGAUGGGCUACCAGCAGCAAGCCCCACGACCCAAAACACAGAAGAAGUAGUGCGGAAUUGUCCAGACAUCACAGAUCGUCUGAGGCUUCUGGAGCAGGAAGUGGCCCGCAACAGAGAGGAAUCUGGGAAGUCACAAGCGGAGGUGGAGAGGCUAAAGGCAGCCCUGAGGGAUGCUGAGAUGGAGAAAUCGUGCAAGGAGAAGAAAAUUGCUGAUCUUGAGAGGCAAAUCAAGUCUCCUAACAUCCAGAAGCAGACGGUGGCGGGUGAGAUGAGGAAAGAUGGCAUGACUGAUGGACAUCCACACUCUUUAUCACAGCUUCCUCUUUCAGCUUCCCAGGAUGCCAUGCGGGACACGUCGGAGCAGAUCAGGGAGUUGGAGAGGGCACUGAGGGAGAGCAUGAACACCUCUGCACAUAGGGAGGCUCUCUGGGCGCAAGAGGAGAGUGACCGUGUUAAGGCCCAGAGACAGUUGGAGGAGCUGAUGGGGGCUUUGGAGAAGACACGGCAGGAGCUGGACGCUACCAAGAUGCAUCUCUCCUCCACUCAGCAGUCCCUGCACGAGAGAGAUGGACACCUUAAUAGUCUUCGCCAGGAGAGACGCAAACAGCUGGAGGAGAUUCUGGAGAUGAAGCAGCAGGCUUUGCUGGCAGCCAUCAGUGAGAAGGAUGCUAACAUUGCCCUGCUGGAGUUAUCCUCCUCUAAACGGAAGAAAUCCCAGGAGGAAGUGAUGGCUCUGAAGAGGGAGAAAGACAGGCUCAUGCACCAGCUCAAACAGCAGACUCAGAGCAGAAUGAAGCUGAUAGCGGAUAACUAUGAAGAAGAUCACAUCCACCCCCAACAUCAUCCUCAUCAUUCUCACCACUUGCAUCCAGCAAACAUGCAUCACCGAAGCCUGCCAAGAGGGCCCGCCCAUGCCAACCACCGACCCCCUAUGGACCAGGAUGAUGAAGAGGGAAUAUGGGCAUGAUGGCCUUCCCCGUGGCGACCCUUCAUCCAUUUGUCCACGCUGCUCACAGAGCCAGGUACCAAGAGGUUCAAGAGCUUCAAGUGCAAGCAUACACACGCAACCGACCCAUACCUCCCUACCAUCGUGACCAUCAGACAUACAUAUAAAUAUGCACAUAUACUCCAGGAACCACCGUUUGUAUGUAUUGCGGACAAGCUCAGAAUUCAGCCCGGUCAGAAGUUCUCCAUAUUACCGAUAAAUGUCACCUUCACUGACAAAUGCAGUGGCAUCAGUCAUCAGUGUGGGCCUUCAGCGUAUUGGCAUGGAGUCCACUGCCUUCAUUUUCCCUUGCUGUUUUCAAUAGACUGGGAGCUGGAUUCAUUUUACAGUACUGCGGUGCUACAGAGUUCUGGCUUCACAUCAACCGACAAUCACUCCACCGCUGUCGACUACCAGUGUGGCUAAGCAGAGCCGGUGGAACUAGCCGUAAACCCAUGCCAAUCCUGGACUGGUUUCUGAUGGCAUGAAUGUGUUUACUUCUGCAGCUAAAUAGCGAACUUUUUGUAAAUAUCACAACAUGGACCUCAAAAUCCACAAUCCACAGAGACCUUCUCAAUGUACCGUGCCAAAGGAGACAACCCUGUCUGCUGAAACAAAUUACUGACAUGGGACUGCAUCUGAAUCAUCUGGACUACCCAGUAAGCCGCCCUCAUUUGUUUGACUAUCUCCCACUUCCUGUGGAGAGAUCAACAAGAAAAGGCAAAUUCGGGCUUAAAAUGCCCCACAAACAGUUUGAGGAUCAGCUUACACCUUCUCUAAAAAUCAGAACCUCUAUUAACAGGGAAGGAAACACCGCUGACCUCAAAUCAGCCAGCUUACUGUAAGAACAGUCUGUUUAUAUAUUUCUCCUUGUGUUCUUUUAGCCUGCUGUGCGUUUGUUUAAUUAACCAAUAUCAUGUUCUGUUUGCUUUUCUACAUCCGAAACAGUUUUGAGUGCCACUCUUUUUUUUUUUUCAAAGUUUGAACAGCUGUGUGUGACUUAUUAUGCUGAUGAGUGAUGUAUUAUUUUGUUGUCUAUUUAUUGAUCCUGUGAAUCUGAGUGGCUAAUCUGUUUAUAAUGAAGUGACUUGCAUUUUAAAGCACUGUGUCAUUAUUGUUUUCACUGUACUGUAGGUUGUCCUGAGGUGACGAUGAGGUACAGUAUCGUGUUUUGAAUCAACGGUAUAACAGUAUUUCCACUUGGUCCUUACCUAAUAUGUACAGUUUUUUUGUACAAUGUGUGCAUGUGUGUGUGGUUUUAUGACUGUAAGGACUGUAAAAGUUUGGGGGUAACCGUAUUCACCCAUGACUUGUUCCACAGUGUUUUGCAGUG